AUAUAUUGGAUUAAAUAAGCUUCAUCUGUUUCUCUUGACUUUUCAUGGCUACUAGAAAAUUUUAAACUAUACACUUGAAAAAAAUUAUGUAUGUGGCCUGCAUUUGCAGUGUUCAUUAUAUUUCAGUUGAACAGCUCUGUUCCGUAAAUCAUCCCGUUUUAUGCAUGUAUUGUUGUAAACUACCUCAAAUCCUUCUGGAAAGCAGAUGAAGUAUAGUAACUGCAAAGGCAAUGAUGGCAGUGGAAGCAAUGAGGAAGGGGAGGCUGACUGGGACGUGCACUUGUUGGUCUAUUUGUCUUUUGUUUGUAUGUGUCACAUUCAAACCCCCUUGGUGUAAAGUGUGUUCAGCUCUCUUCUUCCCAGGUGAGUAGUAUUCUCAUGGCUCUCUCCAGUCUCUUGAAAAUUUCUCUGAGUUCAUUGGAAUUGGAAAGGAUCUAAUAAAACAAUUCACACCACAUUGUAAAUGACUGAUAACACUGUGUUCACCCCUCUCAAGGGGUAUUUCCAUUUUAACAGGGAACAAUCCCUGAACCCAAAGGAAUGAAUCCCUAAUGGUGGAGUUUCAGGCAUCAGUGACAGGCUGAACCCGGACUCCCAGGGCCAGUGCUUACACCUGACAAACGAUGGCCUGAGCUAUGAGCAAAGAGGACUAUAUGAACACUUCAGUGCAAGAGCCCCCUCUUGACUACUCCUUCCGAAGCAUCCAUAUGAUCCAAGAUCUGACAAGCGAGGAGCCAAGAACAGGGCUACGACCACUAAGGCACUCAAAGUCAGGGAAGUCACUGACCCAGUCCCUGUGGCUGAACAACAAUGUCCUCAAUGACCUGAAAGAUUUCAGCCAUGUGGUUUCACUGCUUCUGGAGCAUCCAGAGAACUUGGCCUGGAUUGAUCUAUCCUUCAACGACCUGACUUCAAUUGACCCUGUCCUGACAACUUUCUUCAACCUCAGUGUCCUCUAUCUCCAUGGCAACAGCAUCCAGCGCCUGGGAGAAGUGAACAAGCUGGCUGUCCUCCCUCGACUCCGGAGCCUGACACUCCAUGGGAACCCCAUAGAGGAAGAGAAGGGGUAUAGGCAAUAUGUGCUGUGCACCCUGCCCCGUAUCACCACAUUCGACUUCAGCGGGGUCACCAAGGCAGACCGCACCACAGCUGAAGUGUGGAAGCGCAUGAACAUCAAGCCCAAGAAGGUCCGGAUCAAGCAGAAUGCACUCUGAGGUUCUCAGGCCCCAGCAGUCCUGAGAGGAUGACAUGCUGGGGUUAGAGCUGUUUCACAGAGUGCCAAGUUUCUGUGGAGAUCCCUCAGAGAAGACGACAGGCUGUGAUCUUUGAACCCCCCACUUCGAUCAGAUCAGGGUAUUUCUGCUCUGUCUUACAUGUUGGGAUUCUGCUUGAGAUUUCAUUUGAUAAAGGGAAUCUUCUGCUUGAAAACA